UUCCUUUUCACUACAGGGAAACACACCCUGAACCUGCAGACCCCUCACUCCUGAGUUAAUAUUUAACCUAUUUCUAGGUUGACAUACUGUUAAUACCACCAUAAAUACUGUGGCUUUGUCUGUCACUGUCUCUUUGAUAUUCUUCCUCUCUGGCUAUUUGUGGAUCAUGGCUGGAUUUCUUACACUUCUGUGGAGGUAUAGGAAUUACAUCGUGAUAGUCCUGACUCCUCUUUUACUUCUGCCUCUGCCGCUGGUCAUCCAAACCCAGGAGGCAAAAUGUGGCUUUGUGAUAAUCCUCAUGGCGCUGUACUGGUGUACAGAGUGUCUCCCUCUGGCUGUGACUGCCCUGCUGCCUGUCAUUCUCUACCCCAUGCUGGGCAUCAUGCAAGCAACAGAGGUUUCUAUACAGUACCUGAAAGACUCCAACAUGCUGUUUAUGGGUGGGCUGAUGGUUGCAAUGGCUGUCGAGAAGUGGAACCUGCACACAAGGAUCGCCCUUCAUGUUCUGCUUAUUGUGGGGAUGAAGCCAGCCCCCCUGUUGAUCGGUAUCAUGAGCACCACAGCCUUUCUGUCCAUGUGGAUCAGUAACGCUGCCUCCACAGCCAUGAUGCUGCCUAUCACCAGUGCUGUGCUGCAACAGCUCCGUGACACAGAGGCCGCCGCUGAAGAGAGGGAUCGUAACGUGGCUGCUGCAAAGGAUGGUCAGGAAAACCAGGUGUUCGAGAUGGGGGACAUUAAAGAAAGCAAUGAGAUGGAGGUCACAGCCAUUGAGAGCAGCGUCAACAAUGGUCUGACUUUUGUCACUCCAGAGGAUAGUGACAGGAGUCCAGCGACUGAGCGGCGCAGAAUGAAGGCAAAGCGGAAGUAUGAUAAUUGGAGGAAAGGCAUGAGCCUGAGUGUUUGUUAUGCCGCCAGCAUCGGUGGGACAGCCACCCUCACUGGGACAACACCCAAUGUCAUCCUGCAAGGUCAGAUAAAUGAACUCUUCCCAGAGAAUGGAGGCCUAAUCAACUUUGCAAGCUUUUUUGGCUUCUCUUUCCCAAACAUGGUGCUAAUGCUCGCCCUGUCUUGGUUGUGGCUGCAGUUAAUGUUUUUUGGCUUCAACUUGAAAAAGUCCUUUGGAUGUGGCACAAAUAAGGAAGGCGACAGAGAGGCGUACCAGGUGAUCAAAAACCAGUACAAAAAUUUGGGCAGGAUGAGCUUCGCUGAGGCCUGUGUGCUGGUGAUCUUCACGCUGCUGGUUCUUCUGUGGUUUACCAGGGAUCCUGGGUUUAUGCCUGGCUGGGCCACUGUGCUCUUCAACAAAGAAAAAACGUACGUCACAGAUGGCACUGUGGCCAUAUUAAUGUCUUCCCUUUUCUUCUGUAUCCCGUCCAAAUUACCGAGUUGCAGCAGGAAGUCUGAGGACGGGGCAUCUGCUGAAGCCGUUUCACCGCUGCUAAGCUGGGACAUCGUCCAUAAAAAGAUGCCCUGGAACAUUGUUUUGCUCCUUGGAGGCGGUUUUGCAAUGGCCCAAGGAAGUGAGAAAUCUGGACUUUCCACGUGGCUGGGAGAAAGUCUUGUACCGCUGCAGAGCAUCCCUCCUUUUGCCAUCUCUAUCCUGCUGUGUUUUUUGGUGGCCAUGUUCACUGAAUGUUCCAGCAACACUGCUACCGCAACUCUCUUCCUACCCAUACUGGCCUCAAUGGCAACUGCUAUAAAGGUUCAUCCGCUGUACGUCAUGCUUCCCUGCACCUUUGCUACCAACCUGGCCUUCAUGCUGCCUGUAGCCACACCUCCCAACGCCAUCGCCUUCUCCUACGGCAACCUUCGCGUCAUCGACAUGGCAAAAGCUGGAUUUAUGUUGAACAUUAUCGGAGUCAUAACCAUCAACAUUGCCAUUAACACAUGGGGGGUGGCCAUGUUCCAGCUAGACACCUUUCCAAGUUGGGCAAAUGUCUCUAAAACUCCUUGAAUAUGAACUUAAGAAAGUGGAAACAGGGAGAAACUGUUGGACACAAAAAAAUAUCAGAUUAUUUAUCGGGAUUUUACGACUGGAGGACCUGUCUGACAAUGACUUUGUAAUUUUUGUGUUAAGCCCACCUGAACACCCCAGCCAGUACAGCCUGGUGUGCACUCAAGGUCUGUCCAUUUGUGCUUGCACAGGUUCUUCUAUGCAGCUUUCAAUCCGAGAUCCUUCCUCACAUUGUGAUCUUCUUCAGAAACAACCGAACGUGAUGGCCGGGAAACAUUGGAGCACCUUUUGUUGAUGUUUUGACUAAACUGAGAUCACUUCAUUUGGACAAAUCCUACUUUGGACAGUCAACCAAGACGACCCAAACUCAAAACUUGAAGUGUCAAAGCAUUGAUUUAUAAGAUUUUCACUCUUAAAAAAUGUCACAAGUGUUUAUCCUAGCAGAAGUAAUUUUAGGGCUAAACAUACAUCAUUUGAGUUUUCAUGAAAACCCGAAAGAUGUAAUGUUACAUUAUCCUAAUUAUAAUUAAACAAGUAAAGUUUAAAGUUUAAUCAACAACAAGAAACAAAUAUUAUGUAGUUGUUCUACGUGCUUACUAAUGGAUUUUCAUAUGAGAUGUUAUUACCAAAUGAUUAAAGGCUUUAUAUGUGA